GGGAAAUCCCCCUCCCGCCGGCCGCCCGCCUCCCGGCCCCGCCGGCCCCGGGCGCUCGCCGCGCUCCGCCCCCUGCCCCUGGCUCCGGCAGCGCCCGGCGACCCGGAGCGCGAGAAUUCAGGGGGUGGGAAGGUGUGAGCCGCAAGCCCAGAGGAGGGCGGGAAGGAGGAGGAGGCCCAGGGGUGGUCAGGGGGACUGGGGGUCCCGCCGGCAGAGGUCCCUCGGGCUCCUGACUUCUGCGGCCACCUCCGGCCGGGACGCUUCGAGCUGCCAGAGGGACGGCGCGACGAGCGGAGCCAUGGCCUCCGGUGGAUAUAAUCCAUAUAUAGAGAUAAUCGAGCAACCCAGGCAGAGGGGAAUGCGUUUUAGAUACAAAUGUGAAGGGCGAUCAGCAGGCAGCAUUCCCGGGGAGCACAGCACAGACAACAGCCGAACAUACCCAUCGAUCCAGAUUAUGAACUACUAUGGAAAAGGAAAAGUGAGAAUUACAUUAGUAACAAAGAAUGACCCAUAUAAACCUCAUCCUCAUGAUUUAGUUGGAAAAGACUGCAGAGAUGGCUACUAUGAAGCAGAAUUUGGACAAGAACGCAGACCUUUGUUUUUUCAAAAUUUAGGUAUUCGAUGUGUAAAGAAAAAAGAAGUAAAAGAAGCUAUUAUUUCAAGAAUAAAGGCAGGAAUCAAUCCUUUCAAUGUCCCUGAAAAACAGCUGAUUGAUAUUGAAGAUUGUGACCUCAAUGUGGUGAGACUGUGUUUUCAAGUUUUCCUCCCUGACGAACAUGGAAAUUUGACAACUGCGCUGCCUCCUGUCGUCUCUAACCCAAUUUAUGAUAACCGUGCUCCAAAUACUGCAGAAUUAAAGAUUUGUCGUGUAAACAAGAAUUGUGGAAGUGUCAGAGGAGGAGAUGAAAUAUUUCUACUUUGUGACAAAGUUCAGAAAGAUGACAUAGAAGUUCGUUUUGUGUUGAAUGAUUGGGAAGCAAAAGGUAUCUUUUCGCAAGCUGAUGUGCACCGUCAAGUAGCCAUUGUUUUCAAAACUCCACCGUACUGCAAAGCUAUAAUGGAACCAGUGACAGUAAAAAUGCACCUUCGGAGACCUUCUGACCAGGAAGUUAGUGAAUCUAUGGAUUUUCGAUAUCUGCCAGAUGAAAAAGAUACUUAUGGCAAUAAAUCAAAGAAACAAAAAACAACUUUACUUUUCCAGAAACUGUGGCAGGAUUGUGUCAAUUUUCCUGAGAGACCAAGACCUGGUCCUGUAGGAUCAAUUGGAGAAGGAAGAUACAUCAAGAAAGAAUCAAACUUGUUUUCUCAUGGUGCGGUUUUGACAGAAAUGCCCAGGCCUUCAGGAGUUUCAAGUCAACCAGAUUCCUACUAUUCUUCACCUGUGUCCAUCUCAAGUGGAUCGUCCCAUCAUUCUUCAGCCAUACCCUCAAUGGUCCAUCAGCCUUCUUCCAGCUGGUUAUUAGAGGCAUCUUCCACCUCACGCUCAGUCAAUACAAAUCCACUGAAUAGUUUUUCAGCAGGGACACUUUCCUCUAAUUCACAGGGUACCCCCUCAUUCCUGGAAAUACCUGGAGUAAGUAAUUUAAAUGCUUCAAAUCCUUGCAUUUAUAACAGUACCGAUGACCUAGGCAGAAUGGAAACAUCCAUGUCACCUGCUGACUUAUAUGGUGGUAUUUCUGAGGCCAGCAUGCUGCCUAAUUGCUCUGUGAAUAUGAUGACAACCAGCAAUGAUAGCAUUGGGGAGACUGAUAAUCCAAGACUCAUGAGCAUGAAUCUUGAAAACCCUGCAUGUAAUUCAGUGUUAGACCCGAGAGACUUGAGACAGCUCCAUCAGAUGUCCUCUUCCAGUAUGUCAGCAGGCACCAGUUCUAACACUCCUGUGUUUGUUUCACAAUCAGAUACAUUUGAGAGAUCUGACUUCAGUUGUACAGAUAACAGCAUGGUAAAUGAGUUGGGACCAUCAAACAGCACUAAUCCAAACAAUCAUGGUUUUAUUCAAAAUAGUCAGUAUUCAAAUAUUGGCACUAUGCAAAAUGAGCAAUUGAGCGACACCUUUCCAUAUGAAUUUUUUUAAGUAUAACUUGCAAAAUUUAAAUCCUUUUGAAUGUUUGCAAUCAUUUUGAUAUGACCCAUAUAGAAGUAGCAUUUUGGCUGGGCAUGGGGGCUCACGCCUGUAAUCCUAGCACUCUGGUAGACCACGUUGGGAGGAUUGCUUGAGCUCAGUAGUUCAAGGCCAGCCUGAGCAAGAUUGAGAGCCCUGUCUCUACUAAAAGUAGAAAAAUUAGCCGGGCAUUGUGGCAGGCGUCUAUAGUCCUAGCUACUUGGGAGGCUAAGGCAAGAGAAUCACUUGAACCCAGGAGUUGGAGGUUGUGAGGUAUGAUGCCACAGUACUCUAGCCUGGGGCAACAGAGUGAGACUCUGUCUCCAAAAAAAAAAAAAAAAAAAAUAGAAGCAGCAUUUUAUAUUUGUCCAACAGUAUGAUACAGGGUUUUUUUUGUUUGUUUGUUUUGAAAUAGUCUCAAGCUGUCGCCCUAGGUAGAGGGCUGUGGCGUCACAGCUCACAGCAACCUCAAACUCUUGGGCUUAAGCGAUUUCUCUUGCCUUAGCCUCCCAGAUACCCAGGACUACAGGUGCCUGCCACAAUGCCCGGCUAUUUUUUUGUUGUUGUUGCAGUUGUCAUUGUUGUGUUAGCUGGCCCGGGCCGGGUUUGAACCCGCCAGCCUUGGUGUAUGUGGUCAGUGCCCUACCUACUGAGCUACAGGUGUCACCCCAGGGUUUGUUUUUUUUUUUAUUGUUUCCUUUUGAGGGAUGAGAACCCAAAAACUUCUUUUUCAGGGAAGAAGUAUAAAACUUAGAGUGUUGUAGAAUAUAAAAUUAGAAAUUGUUAUAGAAAGAAAAUUCAAAAAUAGAAACUUAAAAGGGCUCUGCUUCCUUUUUUUGAAAGAUACAAACUGAUAACUGAGUAGGGUGUGAAUUCUCUUGUUAGAGGUCCUCCACAUUUCCCAAGGACAGAAAAUAUUAAGCUUCCCAUUUUUCCAAAUGUGCUUUUUUUGUACUUCUUUCAGAAUAUAUUAAUGUAGUCUUAGUUAAAUGAAUUAACUGAUAUUUGCUAUGAAGCAAAUUUAAGGUAAAACCUGUAAUGGCUAUGUCAUUGAAAAAAUCAAUUCCUUAUUAUUUUUGAGGCUCAUGGGCCAAGGUUACCCCUAAGGGGUUUUCUGAGGCUUCUUGGAGUUUCUUGUAGAGAUGUAAAUCACAAUUUUUUAAAAAUGUUACACUGGACUGAAGGGUGUUAAAGUGAGCUUUCAAGGUAUGGGAGAUUUUCUACAUUUGAUACUAUUUAAAUUCAUACCUUUAAAGUUGCUUAUGAUUUUACCUUUGAACUCUUAUUUUUUAAGAGAAAGACGUUUCCUUGGACUUCUUUCUUAGAUGCCAUCCUUCCCUGUGAUCUCAUAAAACUGCCUGUUUGAUAUCUUUAUCUAGAAAUCUAAUUAAAGCUCAAACUCAGCAUAUCUAAUACUGAGUUUUUCAUCUUUCCUUUCCUACUUGCUUCUCCGUCAGUCUCUCCAACUCAGUAAAUGGCAAUGCCAUCCUUCUAUUGCUCAGGCCAAAAACCUUCGAGUGAUUCUUGAUUUUUCCUUUAUCUCCCAUAUCCAUAGUCCAUUAGUAGACCCUGCCUUACAAACGUACCCAAAAGAGCCAACCACUUCUUUGGCCUCUACUGUUUAUACACUAUUAUAAACCACAAUCAGCUCUUGUCUGGAUUAAAGCUAUAGCCUUCAGAAACCUCCUUAUAUCCUUAUUCUGGUGUUCUACAGCCUGUUCCCCUGAAGUAACCAGAGUGCUUACUUUUCAAACAAGUCAAAUCAUAUCAUUCAUCUACUCAGAACCAUCCAGUAGCUUCCCAUCUCACUCAGAGUAGAGGUCAGAGUUCUUAAAAGGAGCAGACUCCCUGCCGGCCUCAUGUACCAGCCUUGCCUCCUUCCUCAUGCAGCUCCAGGCACUUGGCCUUAGUGCACCGAGUGUGCUCCUGUGUCAGACCAUUUCCUCUGCUUUGACUGUUCUCCCAGAUACAUGUACAGCUAGCUCCUUUCCAUCCUUCACGUCCUACUCAGCUGUUCCCCAUCAAGGCCUUCCUGGACUAUGCAUCAGCAUUCCCUAUCUACCCUGUUUUAUGUAUGUUUCUAGCAUUCUGACUUUACUCAGCAUUUGCUUGUUUGUACUGGAGUAUAAGCUGCAUGAGCGCAAAAAUGUUUGUGUUUUGUUUACUGUUGAAUUUCCAGCUUGAAGAAUAGUGUCUGCUUCAUAUGUACCCAGUAAAUAUUUAUUAAACAUUUAAGUAUUACUAAUAGAACUUAUUUUUGUUUGUUUGUUCUUUUUUUCUUCUUCUUCUUCUUCUUUUUCUGCAACAGGAUCUUGCUGUGUUGCCCAGGCUGGAGUGCAGUGGCCUCAUCAUAACUCACUAUAGCCUCAACCUCCUGGGCUCAAGUGAUUCUCUGAUUCUCUUGCCUUAGCCUCCUGAAUAUCUGGGGCUAUACGGUGUGAGCCACCAUGCCUAAGCUAAUUUUUUUACUUUUGUAGAGCCAGGGUCAUGCUCUUGCUUCAUGCUGGUCUCAAAUUCCUGGCCUCAAGCAAUCCUCCUGCCACACCCUUCCAAAGUGGUAGGAUUACAGGCAUGAGCCACUACAUCCAGCCAGAACUUUGUUUUUUGAAAGAAACAAUAGCCUUAAUUACAGGAUGUUUUAUUUAUUUGGAACAUUGGGUUUAUAUCAAAAUCAUGUACAGUUAAGUCCAGGAUUAAUAAUGGUAAUCCAAAUUAUUUGAAAGCAAAAUAAUACCAGUGGCAAAAUGGUGGUAGAAUCUUAAUUGGGAUGGAAUGUCAUGAUGCUGAGUAACUAAUUAAAGACCUAGUUCAUUUUACAACUGGAACCUACUCUAAAUGUUGAGCUCAUUCCUAGUUAGAAACAGAGUAUCAUUUCACUUAUAUAAUGUCCAACCAAACUAUAAAUUUACAUAUACCAGUCAAUUUAGUCAAAUUAGGGAAUGUGUGAAUGUUAUGUAAAUAAUACUGUGGCCGGGCACAGUGGCUUAUGCCUGUAAUCCUAGCGCUCUGGGAGGCUAAGGAGAUGGAUUGCUUGAGCUCAGGAGUUUGAGACCAGCCUAAGCAAGAGUGAGACCCUGUCUCUACUAAAAAUGAAAAAAAAAAAAAAAAAACUGAGGUAAAAGGAUCUCUUGAGCCCAAGAGUUUGAGGUUCCUGUGAGCUAUGACACCACAGCACUUCUUCCAAGGGCAACAAAGUGAGACUUGGUCUCAAAAAUAAAAAUAAAAAAAUUGCUGCGUUGAAUGAUGCUGGGAAAUAGGAGAGCAAGGAAGGCUAUGUUAACCAGUGUGAUGAAAAUAUGUCAAAUGGUCUAUAAAACCAGCGUAUGGUGCCCCAUGAUUGCAUUAAUGUACACAGCUAUGAUUUAAUUAAAAAAAAAAAAAAAAAAACCACCUUGGGUCAGGAUAGUCCAGGAAGCAAAAGAUUAAAGACCCCUAACUUAGUGCCAUUAAUAUUUUUCAGAAAUUAUGAUUUCAAAAGGAAAUAUUUUUAUAAUGUAAAUUUUAAAAAUCAUAAGCAUAUAACAUUCUUUAGUAGAGCUUAAGGGGGAAAGAAAAACCUAAAGGCAUAAUUUCUUUACUGUUGAAAAUAUGAACCCAGGAUGUGUCCAGAUGGUGAAUUAUUAUUAUUAUUUUUUGAAGGCAGCAUUUCAUAAGUUUGUAUCAGUUAGCACUGAUGAGAUUAAACACUGGCUAUUAGAAUACCUAAAUGAAUUUUUUUUUUUCGAGACAGAGUCUAUGUUGCCCUCUGUAGAGUACUGUGCUGUCACAGCUCACAGCAACCUCAAACUCUUGGGCUUAAGCAAUUCAAGAUCUUGCCUCAGCCUCCAGAGUAGCUGGGACUACAGGCAUCUGCAACAACACCUGGCAAUUUUUGUUGUUGUUGCAGUUGUCAUUGUUGUUUUAGCUGGCCCGAGCUGGGUUCGAACCCGCCAGCCUUGGUGUAUAUGGCUGGCAGCAUAACUAUCAUGCUACGGGAGCCGAGCCUGAAUUUCUUAACUAAAUAAAGGCUGACUUGCUUUUCAGUUUUUUCCUGUGUAAGCUGAACUAACAUAAGUGGUAUAUCAGUUUUUCCAAUGGAUUUUUCAUUUUUCAGUGCUAUUUACUGACCUUAGAAUUUAUUUUAUAAUUUAAAAUGAAUUUGGCAACAAACUUCUCCUCCAUGUCUAAAUGUACUUACACUCCCACAUGCUCAUAUGACACCCACUUUUGGUUUCUGAGGAAAAGACGUUGUCCUUUUCCAAACUCUACUGGUGCCUCUUCGGUUCUCUUCUGUUCUGUUUGUCCUACACUCUGGUUGCCGUUUUGUGCUUCCUUUCUUUGUGGAAAUGUGGUAAAUGUCUUCUCUAGUCUAAAAGGAAAAACAAUAGCAAAACCCUUUGCUGCCACCCUGGCCCACCUCCCCUUCUCACCUGACUCUGAAGUCCCUCCAGCCUCCAUUCCCUCACCUCCCCGUCCUGCCUGAGCCUGUUGGUCUCUGUCUCCAGCCCCUCCUGUUUUCUUAUGAUGUUCUGGCCUGAGACCACCCUCUUGUCAAAUGGAGUGUCUUUGCCCCUCUUCACUCUGCUUGGCCUUUGAAAACUCCCUGUCAGGGUACUGCUCUGGGGUUUCUGUGGCAGACAAGGUUUCUCUCUGACAUUUUUGUGCCUCAAGUCUCAACCCCAGCCCUCAAUAUGUACUCUUCCCAACUCCCACUAAUCUCAUCAGUGAUUUUUCUCUCACACUACCUGAAGGCCAUUAUAAACUGGCUCCUUUUCUGGCGUUCUUUACUUUUCUUAAUGGCAUUACCAUUUACCUGUCACCCAAGAUAUCUAAUAGGGGCCUCAAAAUCAUCUUUUAUUCUCUCUCUCCCUCAUGCUCAUACCUAACCAAAUCUUUUUGAGUCUGCCUCCUCUUGAAUCUUCCCUUCUUUCAUUGCUGUUGCUUUCAACAAUAAUCUUUUCAACAUGCUGUAGUAAAAACUCCCAAUUUUCUUUACCUUAUUACAUAGCAUUCCUUGAAAAAAAAAAAAACAUUCCUUCUCAGGCCUCCGUACUCUUAACAUGUUACCCACUCUGCCUCUACUCCUCUCCAUCUAAAACACUUAAUCCCUUAAGAUGGAACUUCUCUGUGAAGGUCCGUCCUUCUACCCUAGCAGAGGGGUAAUAUGCCCCAGUAUCACACAGUUCAUCUCAUGGAAUUAAAGUCAUGUGUUUGUCGUAUGCAUCUUUCUUUUUUUUUUCUUUUUCUUUUUUUUACAGUGGAUUGUUUUGUAUUGAUAUCUCAUUUAUCUUUGGGACUCCAGCAUCUAGUACAGUCCCUGUCAUAGUUGGUGCUGAAUAAAUGGUAGCUGUUAUCAGAGAGGGAAGGUGAAAUUGACAUAGUAUUGUAAAAAUGUGGAUAAGGAUAUGAUUUUUAUUUUAUUAUUUUUUAUUUUUAUUUUUUAUUUUUUUUUUGAGACAGAGUCUCACCCUGUUGCACUUGGAAGAGUCCCUUGGUGUCACAGUUCACAGCAACCUCAAACUCUUGGGCUCAUGCAAUUCUCUUUUCUUAGCCUCCCAAGUAGCUGGGACUACAGGUGCUGGCCAUAAUGCCCAACUAUUUUUAGAGAUGAGGUCUUGCUCUUGCUCAGGCUGGUCUUUAACCUGUGUGCUCAGGCAGUCCACCUGCCUCAGGCUCACAGAGUGCCAGGAUUACAGGCAUGAGCCACCUUGCCCAGCAAGGAUAUGAUUUUUAAAGGUAAAAGUACUUAACCUUUAAAAAUUGCAAAACACUGGCAUGAAAGCAGCUUCCUUCACCUGCUGUCUCCCUUUUCUUUCUCUCUCUCUUUUUUUUUUUUCCCUAAAACUUUUCUGUUUUUUUGUAGAAACGGGGUUUCACUAUGUCACCCAAGCUGGUCUUGAACUACUGGCCAGAAGCGAUCUUCCCAUCAGCCUCCCAGAGUGCUGGGAUUAUAGGCAUGAGCCACCACGCCUAGCUUUCUUUUCUUCCAAAAACAGUCCUGCAUCUCUUUGAGAUUGAAAGCAGCUCUGUUGAGAAUAGUGGUGUCAACUGAAUUAGGUAGAAAUUCAAUAGUUUUAGGUUAUCUCAGACCCCUGACCUUGCCUUAUGCACUUCCUCAGCACCUUACCCUUGCAUGACUCUCCAUUAUUACAUUAUUCAUGUAAUCAAUCAUAUGUCACACUUUUUUAAUGUCUGAUGUGCAAAGCGCCAUAUUAGGUACUGCAGUUAAUCAGAGGUGAAUGGGACACAACUCUUGCUCUGAAAGAUACCCGUCUUUCUUUUGAAGGAUAAGACAUAUAAAGGAAAAUGCAUAAAGUGAACUAAUUUUAAGUGCACAGCUUAAUGAAUUUUUACUUAUAUAAAAGCACCGAUGUAACUACCAUGUUUAGGCACCCCAGAAGUUUCCUUCAUGCCCCUUUCCAAUCUCAUCCUUCUCCUCUAAACCAUUAUUACGAUUUCUGUCAUCAGAAUCUACUAUUUUAAUGGCUUUUUAAUUUUGGUAACUGGGUUUCUCUAUUUACAACUAUAGUGAAACAGCUGGGUUCUCAAUUUCUAACCUAAUAUUUCGGAACAACUAAUUAUAGUUUUUGUAUCAAGAGAGACUUGGAAUUGGUGAUCCAGGCUGCUUAGCAGCACCAAAUAAUUUGUUAUAACAUAAAUCAACUUUUUAAAGGAUUACCACAUGCUAUUAAAUGGAAAGAAUAAGGUUUUUUAGUCAGAGAAUACCCAGCCUACCUACCUCAUGGGGCAUACUGACUUGUGAAAGAAUGCGUAAAAGGGAACACUGUAAAUUGGGCUAAUUGAUUAUCAAUAAACCUGUGUCUAUCCUAAGGCUAAUUAAUCUCUAAUCUCUAAUCCAAAUGCUUUUUCUAGUUAUCUAAAAGACAGUACAGGAAGAAAAAUCAUUAUGAAUUAGAUUCUUUAUUGAGAACCCUGAUGUGGAUUUCUCUUUAGAGUGAUUAGCUAUUGCCCAGAUCUGGAGAACUUUCUUUGGCCUUAUUCUUUCCAGUACCAUUUCCUAUUGUAUAGUGAAGAUAUGGUUAAUUAAUUAAUGGUUAAUUAAUUACUUCAAUUUUGAAAUUCUCAGAUUCUCAGUUCCUUUGCCAAAGUAGAUUAUGAAUUGGGAGUAGUUUGACUCUUUUCCUAAAAGUGAAUCUUAUCUUAGCUAAUGAAGUUGGUCCUGAAAGGUUUCUUUCUGUUUUGUUUUCAGAGAUUGAAUGUGAAAAGAUUAAAAUUAGAAUACUUUUUUAUCACGUUAUAGAAAAUUUCACGCUAUUUACCACGAUAAGUCCAGAAGUAGGUGGCUAAUGAGAGAUAAUUAUAUGGGUUGUUUGUAUCCAGUUUUAUGCCUUAUUUGUCUAAGACUUAGUCAAAUUAAUAUUUUUAUUAAUAUAUCUUAGUAUAGUCAAGCACAAGCUUAACAGUGGAUAAGAGUAAACCUCAGUAAUCAUGCCUGCAUUUUUUUAAUGCAUGCAGAAAGCACAGGUGAAAAAGCACCACUCAUGUCCCCACUACUUCCAUUAAGAAUCAAAAUACGAAAAAUUCAAAAAUUAAUUACUCCAUUUAUUCUAAAUGUCCAUAUCUACUACUAAUUGUCUAUUUAAAUGUCAGAAUUUAUCAUCAUUCUAGUAUUCUUAGUUUCUAAGACUUCAUUUUACUGUUGGACUGUGAAAAAUUUAAAGAAUUACAAAUUUCAUUGAAUACCUAUGUGUGAAGAGUAACAGUAAUUAGUAAUAGUAACAGUAAUCAUUCAUCUUGCCCAUUUUUCUUAAUUAUCUAAUCAAAACAUUAUAGAUAAGUCAAUCUCAUGACACUUCAUUGGUGAUGCUGAUUUUUUACUGGGUAAUUAGCUAAUAAUGUUGGUCACUAUUUCACAGUUAGGUAGCUUUAAGAUGACAUGGAAAGGAAAACACAACGCUUUUGGAUAAUGAGCUUUCUGACAUGGAUUGUUCAGACCAUGUGAAUCAUUUAGAGAUGAUUUGUUUUAAAAGUAUGCACUUGAAAAUACUGUUGGUUUGAUGAAUCCAAAUCUUAGCAGACUAGCAAAAUCCUAUUUUUUUUUUUGGUUGUUUUAAGUAUUUUUAUAUGCUUCUUAAUAAUGGAUGAAUUUGGAGGCAGUGAUCGAAGUUAUAUUUUUAAAGUUCUCAAGUACUGUAUUUAAUGUUAAGCUUGGUUAAGAUACAAAAGUUUUUAAAAUGUCAAGAUGCUUUUAUUGUACAGAAUAUUUUAUUGCCUUUGUAAUGUCUUUGUAUACAAUGAUUUUUUUCUUGGUAACAUAAUAAA